AAAAAAAAAAAACGCCAUUCAAAAACAAAAAACUCCACCGUCUGACAUGUUUUUGUUGUUUCUGGAUUUAGAAAAUGGGGGGAUAAACUGCAGGAAGGGACUUCAUCCACUGCAUUUGUUGCUAUGGAAACUGCACUGGCGUGCAGAUAAAACGUGCUCGACCUUUUUGGGUUCCUUCCUUUGCAACUGGGCAUUGUCGCAGUUUGACGAGUAACUGGGUUCAACGCACAGUUCGAUACUUUCUUUUAACGUUCGGUCUUCAGAAUGGCUCCCCCAAAUAACGAGUCUGAAGUUUACCGCCGUGCCAACAAAUCUGUCGCCAACGCCGCUGGUGACAUUCCUCCCCUGGCGACGCCUGGCAAGUCCUCUGCUGGUUACGGGCGCAAGGUUGUAGCGUCGGCAGAGUUUGCAAAUGCGUGGACCAAGCCUACUUUUACUCUCAAGGACGUCCGCGACGCUGUCCCGGCGCACUGCUUCAAGCGUGACACAGCACGGUCAUUCACCUAUGUCUACCGGGACGUGGCCAUGAUGCUCGUCGUGUUCGCUGCUGCGACUCAAAUCUCCUUGUUGCCAACUUGGGCACAGUAUAUUGCCUGGCCAGUGUACUGGAUUGCCCAAGGAAUUGUAUGCACCGGUAUCUGGGUGAUUGCUCACGAGUGUGGGCAUCAAGCCUUCUCGGAAAAGGCUUGGAUCAACAAUUCUGUCGGAUACGUUCUUCACUCCUUCCUAUUGGUUCCUUACUACUCGUGGAAGUUCUCUCACUCGAAGCAUCACAAGGCCAAUGCGCACAUGGCCAAGGAUCAAGUAUUUGUUCCCGCAACAAGGUCCACAUACGCUAAGGAGUUGGGCCCACGAACCAAGCCAUUGAACCACCACGAUGAUGAGCCGAUUUGGAAGGAUGCCCCUGUGUCGGAUUUACUUGAUAUCGCAAAGAUGUUGCUCCUCGGCUGGCCUGCCUACCUGAUCAACAACGCCUCUGGCCAAAAGUUUGAUGUAUGGACUUCGCACUUUCGUCCCGAUGCUCCCAUAUUCGAACCAAAGCAAUGGUUCGCUGUCGUACUUUCUGACGUGGGCAUGUUCAUCAUGCUUGGCCUUCUUGUUAUUGCUGGUCAAUUAUGGGGCGCCGCCGCAGUCUUCAAGUACUACGUGAUUCCUUACCUUAACGUGAACGCCUGGUUGGUCCUUAUCACCUUCCUGCAGCAUACCGAUCCCAAGAUUCCCCACUAUAGGGAAGGCGAGUGGAACUUUUUGUUGGGCGCGAUCUCAACUGUUGACCGUGACUAUGGGAUUUUGAACCACUUUUUCCACCACAUUGGUGAUACCCACGUUGCCCACCACUUGUUCUCCACGAUGCCCCAUUAUAACGCUGAAGAAGCUACCGAAGCCAUCAAGAAAGUGCUGGGCAAGUACUACAUUAUGGACCGGACGCCCUUGUGGAAGGCUGUUUGGCAGUCAUACACGCAGUGCAAGUUUGUAGAGGAUGAGGGAGAGAUUCUCUGGUACAAGCAGUAGUGUCCAACCCGAUACUGCCUGGACUUUUGAACCAGAAUUUGUAGAGUAGAUGCAGAUGGGAGUUUCUUUGUUGGUCAGUUGGACCUUAUAUUUACUUAUAUUAUUGUUACCAUUUCUUUGUUGUAUCGUGUUCUAUGUUGGAUUCAUAAAACGUUUGUUUUUAUGUCUAACAUGGAGAAUAUUACCUCACCUGGAAACUUGA